CCUCCCAGUGGCAGCAGACGCUAUUUGAGUGGGGACCAACGGCUUGUUGUACAUAGAGCCGGUUUAGUGUCGUCAAUGGGAAGCACGCGAGACGGUGGCAAAGCGAGUUACGGUCUAGAGUGAAAUCCACGGCUGCACCAUGCUCUCCAGGUCUCUCCCGUGUCUGUGGAUUACAUUUUGCCUUCAUUUAUGCUGCAAUGUAAACUGCGGGGAAGCACAGAACGCGAAGGAAGUGAUUCUGCUGGACUCCAAGGCACAGCAGACAGAACUGGAGUGGAUCUCCUAUCCUCCCAAUGGGUGGGAAGAGAUCAGCGGCUUGGAUGAGAAUUACACACCCAUUCGCACGUACCAGGUUUGCCAAGUCAUGGAGCCCAAUCAGAAUAACUGGCUUCGGACUAACUGGAUAGAGAAGGGCAAUGCCCAAAGAAUUUUUGUGGAACUGAAGUUCACCUUGAGGGAUUGUAACAGCCUACCCGGUGUGGUGGGGACUUGCAAGGAGACGUUCAACUUGUAUUACCAGGAAACAGAUUCCGAGGUGGGCAGGAGCUUAAGGGAGAACCAGUAUGUGAAAAUUGACACAAUCGCCGCAGAUGAAAGCUUCACCCAGGGUGACCUGGGCGAGAGGAAGAUGAAGCUGAAUACAGAAGUGCGCAUAAUUGGCCCUCUGUCCAGGCGUGGCUUCUACCUGGCCUUCCAGGAUGUAGGGGCGUGUAUUGCCCUGGUCUCUGUCAAAGUUUAUUACAAGAAGUGUUGGUCUAUCAUCGAGAACCUGGCCACGUUCCCAGACACCGUGACAGGAUCAGAGUUCUCCUCGCUGGUGGAGGUCGAGGGCAUGUGUGUGAGCGACGCUGAGGAAGAGGCCGACAACUCUCCCAAGAUGCACUGCAGCGCUGAAGGAGAAUGGCUGGUGCCCAUUGGGAAAUGUAUAUGCAAAGCUGGAUUUCAUCAGAAAGGAGACGCGUGUGAACCGUGCGGUCGUGGUUUUUACAAGUCUUCCUCCCAGGACCUUCAGUGCUCCCGUUGCCCAGCACACAGCUUUAAUGACCGCGAGGGCUCCUGGCGCUGCGACUGCGAGGAUGGCUACUACCGAGCCCUUUCCGACCCUCCGUCUGUGGCCUGCACAAGACCUCCCUCAGCGCCACAGAACCUGGUAUACAACAUCAACCAGACCACGGUUGGCCUGGAAUGGAGCCCGCCGGCAGACACGGGUGGCCGCAACGACGUCACCUACAGGGUUAUAUGCCGCCGUUGCAGCUGGGAACCUGAAGAGUGUGUUCCUUGUGGGCCGAAUGUGGGAUACACUCCCGCACAGUCAGGAUUAGUGGACACUUAUGUGACCAUCAUGGACCUGCUCGCCCACGCCAACUACACUUUUGAGGUGGAGGCUGUCAAUGGGGUGUCAGACCUGAGCCGUACGCAGAGGCUGUUUGCUGCUGUUAGCAUCGCUACUGGUCAAGCAGCUCCGUCCCAGGUCAGUGAGGUCACCAAGGAGAAGGUGCAGCAGCGCAGCAUCCAGCUGUCCUGGCAGGAGCCGCACCAACCCAAUGGUGUCAUCACGGAAUAUGAAAUAAAAUACUACGAAAAAGAUCAGAAGGACCGAAUCUACUCCACUGUGAGGUCCAAGUCCACGUCAGCCACAGUGAACAACCUGAAGCCUAGCACGGCUUACGUGUUUCAGAUCAGGGCCUUAACAGAGGCGGGAUACGGCACCUACGGCCCCAGAUUAGAGAUAACCACCAAGGAAGAGGCCACAGCCGCGAUUGUCUCCAGCGAGCAGAACCCCGUCAUCAUCAUUGCGGUGGUGGCCGUGGCGGGGACCAUCAUCCUGGUGUUCAUGGUGUUCGGCUUCAUCAUCGGGAGAAGGCACUGCGGGUACAGCAAAGCCGAUCAGGAGGGAGACGAGGAGCUCUACUUCCAGUUUAAAUUUCCAGGCACCAAGACCUACAUUGACCCUGAAACGUACGAGGACCCGAACAGGGCUGUCCAUCAAUUUGCCAAGGAGCUAGAUGCCUCCUGCAUUAAAAUUGAGCGGGUUAUUGGAGCAGGAGAGUUCGGGGAGGUGUGCAGUGGUCGACUCAAGCUGCCUGGGAAGCGAGAUGUGUCGGUCGCCAUCAAAACGUUAAAAGUGGGCUACACAGAAAAGCAGAGAAGGGACUUCCUGUGCGAGGCCAGCAUUAUGGGACAGUUCGACCAUCCGAACGUCGUUCAUCUGGAGGGAGUCGUGACAAGAGGAAAGCCAGUGAUGAUUGUCAUCGAGUACAUGGAGAAUGGCUCAUUAGAUGCUUUCCUCAGGAAACACGACGGUCAGUUCACAGUCAUUCAGUUGGUGGGGAUGCUGCGGGGCAUAGCGGCAGGAAUGAGAUAUCUCUCCGAUAUGGGAUACGUCCAUCGAGAUCUGGCCGCACGAAACAUCCUUGUCAACAGCAAUCUCGUAUGUAAAGUGUCUGACUUCGGCCUGUCAAGGGUGAUAGACGACGAUCCCGAGGCUGUCUACACAACAACUGGGAAGAUGCAGGAUAUAAUGAAUUUGAUCUUUACUCCAGCCACUGACCUGCAUUUUACUGAACAGGGUGGCAAAAUACCCGUCCGAUGGACUGCACCAGAAGCCAUACAGUAUCGUAAAUUCACAUCUGCAAGUGACGUGUGGAGUUAUGGAAUUGUCAUGUGGGAGGUCAUGUCCUAUGGCGAACGGCCUUACUGGGAUAUGUCCAAUCAAGACGUCAUAAAGGCCAUAGAGGAGGGCUACCGUCUUCCAGCCCCAAUGGACUGCCCACCAGGCCUGCAUCAGCUAAUGCUGGACUGCUGGCAGAAAGACAGAGCCGAACGUCCCAAAUUUGAUCAGAUAGUUGGCAUCCUUGAUAAAAUGAUCCGCAACCCUAACACUUUGAAAACCCCAGUGGGAACAUGUACAAGACCAAUUAGUCCACUGUUAGAUCAGAGCACACCAGACUUCACCGCUUUCUGCUCAGUGGGAGAGUGGCUAGAAGCCAUCAAGAUGGAGCGAUACAGAGACAACUUCACAGCAGCUGGCUACAGUUCCCUGGAAUCUGUGGCCAGGAUGUCAAUUGAGGACGUGAUGAGCUUGGGGAUCACACUGGUGGGCCAUCAGAAAAAGAUCAUGAGCAGCAUACAGACUAUGAGAGCCCAGAUGCUGCAUCUCCAUGGCACGGGUGUCCAGGUGUGAGGGACAGCGACGGGCUGCCGUCGGACAGGGCGAAAAACAAAAACAGAACUUACCUGGAACAGUGCCUGGGUCGUAACCAGGAUAAUGGUCGAAGCAAACGGACAUCUGUUAUGUCUGACUCUUCCGGCUGCGUCUGGAGUGAAAUCAUUCCUUUGUUCCUCAGUGAAGGAUUGUGGUUCGCCUCUUCAAAGGGCACUGAAGAGAGGAAAAGGGCAAAAAAAAAACAGCAACAACAACAAAAAAAAAAGAAACUACCUGGAUGCGAUGACUUCCUUUUUUUUGGUCUGCUUUUGUUUUAUUUGUUUUGUUUUGUUUUUUUAGAAGCGCUUAUGAACUCAACCACAUAUCAAAUGGCGCAUAGGAAACAAACAUAACUUAAUGAUUUAAGUACACACCUUGACUAUGGAUUUCCUUUAAAAAGAACAAAACAACUUGUCUUCUUGCUGUGGUUUCCCUUGUUCCUUUUUCUGAUUUGUUAAUUUGCUUUCUGUCUGCCUCAGUGAGAUGUUUUUUUCUCUCCUCUAUUUGGACUUGACAACAGGGUAAACUUUUUUUUUUUUUUUUAAUCCAAUCACGGAGGGAACCUUUUCGGUGUGCAUUCAAAGGUACUUUUUUGUGCUGACACAUGCUGGACUGUUUGAACUGUUUGCAGUGUUUUCUUUCAUGUGCUGUUGAAGUGAAAGUGGUAUCCUGGACUGGGUAUUUGAUAUGGUUUCAUUCUCUUGAAUUUUUUUUUUUUUUUAUUGAGGAUUUUUUUUUUUUUUCCGAUGAGUGCAACACUGAGGAGAUGCAGGAGGCGAAUACUUCUUCGAAUCACCUGACUUUUAUAUCAGAGUAGCAAUAUCCUUUGUCUUGUGUUCACUACAGGAAACUUGGUUAUUUAGUAGAAUGUUGCAGCGCUGUUGAAAGAUUGUAUUGAAUUUGAGGCCACCGCAAAUUGUUUUGCCAUCAUUUCGCCUAAAAUAUUGCACAUGUUGUCUGUUUUGGUGUUUCGUUCAGCAGCACAUACAAUUUUUAAGGGUGGAUCUAUGAAAGGUGUAGACGUAAUACUGCCUUAAAACGUGUUAGAUUAAGUAUUGCCACUAUUUUAGGCACUUCAAUGGCAAUGCUUUAUGCGGUUCAUUUAAAGUGUGGACAAGCUCCCUGAUCUUUUUGUUUUCCCUCGUCGCGUGAUGUCUUUUUAUCUGGAACUUGAGCUUGUGAAAUCGAGUGCACGGACACAGUUCAGUGCCAAGAGUGUCAGCGAAGAAGAGAUGGACUAAACAGAGCAAUAAUUACCAGGUAGAAAUGGUCCUCACCUGAGAUUUUUAAGGUGCUAGGUUUUAUCGCAUGUGUGUGCUGUGCUGAGAUAAACCCUUUGGUAAGAUUCAGUCGCCACUUUAAGGGAAGAGAAUGUACUUCUUUGACCUAAAAGUGGUUCUGAAAAGUGCUUGGAAAACUGCCGUGACAAGUCAUCAAAUGAAAUCAUCAUGUCACAUAAUAUUUCGCUCAAUUCGGCACAGAAAUGCCGAACUGAGCGGCUGCAGAGAUGAAAGAGGGCACCAUUUGGAACACUACAAAGGUGCCAAUUAGUCAUGCUGACAUCAUCUUCUGACGACGGCCAGAAAUGUUAAAAAAAAAAAAGAAACGUCAGGGUUUGGGUCUGAAAAUGCAGGAGCAAGCGAUGGCCGCAGAUUAUGAUCCCAUCAUCCCAGCUCCGCAGGCAGCCUUGCAGCUCCCUUGUUUAUUCAUGCGUCUCUGCCGUUCAUCCUUCCUUCAUAGACAUAGAUGUGACGGAACAUGCAUUAAAGUUUCUCGUAAGAUUGCUCCUCUUUUCUUCCAUACGGCUUUGCAUGAAGGACAGAGAUGAGAGGGCUUUGUCGAAGAUGUGCUAAAAGCCAGUCAGCUUAUUCGGUGCCAUCUGUCUCCACCUUAAAUGCAAGAAAAAAGAGAGAGAGUUUCCAUGUUGAGUAUGUUAUAGUGCAGUAUUGUUUGAUAAGAAAAUGCAGUUUUUCAGAUGAGUGGUGUUCGCAGAAGGAAACCAUUAUAACUUCCUCCAACUGCUGCUGUAACCUGAGAGAUUAAUCUUUUUUCAAAGCAGUCAUUUCUUUCAACAUUUUUCAUCUCAGAUGCUUAGAAAAAAAAAAAGCAUCAGAAAUCAACCUUGAGCUCCCUAACAAGCAGUCAAUCCAUCAGUAGCUU